CGGUGGUCAUGUGUUUUUCGUCGGGAACCUCAUUAACAAGGCCAUCCAACAUGAACACAAAGUGGUCGCCCUCGAUCUCGUUGCGGAAAUGCUGAACACAUUUGUUUCAUUGCUGUUAAAUGUGUUUGGUGCCGUUAAAUGUAGACGUCAUGUAUUAGAGCUGAACAGCUGGGUGAAGAUUUGCGCCAGAUACGGUUUGGACAUGGAGAAAGAGCUGAAAGUGCUACGAAAAAGAAAAGGAUUGAGUUACCUGUACCUGAGCGCAACGGCUAUAGCGAUGAGCUACCCGAUUUUCUUGAACAACGGAAAUGUUGAUCUUGUUUUGAACAUUUUUGCGUCAUUCGCCACGUUGACACAGGUGGCCGGGCUCGUUUACGUCAACACACAACUGAAGUUCUUUAUCGCCAUUUACGGAAGUGCUCGUCGCGCCUUUCAAACUAAAUUGAAGGACAACCGAGGGAGUUUGGAAAUCAGGAAGGAAUGUAAAUUCCACACUGCAGUAUUCCGAAACGUGGGGUCACUUGCGGACCUGAUUAGUCCCUUUUUUCUGCUCUGGAUCUUGAUAUUAAUAGUGCAACUGAUUGUUAGCAUCUUCGCCAACGCCUUGGCAUGCUUCAUAGACUACCACAACGGAGACUUGGUUAUCCUGCAUAUUCGGGUUUUCUGCACCAUAUGUUCCUUGAUUCACCAUCUUGUUAACAUAGAGAAACUGGCAAAUGUGAGCGAUGACCUACUCUCCUUCCUCUUCAAGUACCCCAUCAGCAAGUUGCGUGCGGACGAAGCGGCGCAGGUGGAGAUGCUGAUCUACACCUUGAAGAUACAGAAACCGGUCCUGAAGGCUUCCGACAUCUUCAUCGUGGGAACGCGCCUGCUUGCACCGAUAUGCGGCACGGUUGUCACAUACGUAUUGGUUGCGUUACAGUUCCACAAGACCUGGUCGAAAUGAAUAAACCAUUAACUUUUAUUGUUUAACUUUCACUUAGGAAUGUUUGUAAACAAUAGCUCGCUGUACGAGUAUUUAUUCAUUUAUGGAAACUUGGACAUUAACUUUCACCAUCUUUUCUAAUUGCCCACGCGUCGUGUUCUACGCUCGCCAUGUGUUAAAUAAAUACUUCCUCGUCGUGUGUUAA